AAAAAAAAAAAAAAAAAAAAAAGGUUUAAGUUUUAAGAGCUGGUUUGGAACAAGCCCAAGCUAAGGCCAGGGCUUUCGUAAUUAAUGAAAAGUCUCAAUGUCAUUCUUCAGAAGCUAGAGGUCAAAAGAAAGACUCGUCACACUCCAUAUUCCUGCCUUCAAUUACAGAAGACUUAGGCUUUACUAGAGGCGUGGCCACAGCUAAGGACUCAAGAUAAGACACUGCCCACCUCCUUCUACCACUCUUCAACAUCCCUCAACAGAAACCCCUUUCCCAGGGCUCCAUACUCUUGCCUGGAGACCCAUAAGUUUUACAGGAGACCAGGUUAGUUCUAGGGACCCCAGAAAAACACAGUCCACAGACACACGCUAAAAUCUCACCAACAACCACAGACUACAUGCCUUCCCCUAGGCUCCUUAUCCUGGUCUACAGGUUUGAAAAAAGACUUUGGCCUUACAGGAGGCCAUGCUGAAUCUAGGGACCCAGGCCCCAAAAUCCCCAGCAGAGACACCAUACUGGACUGAAUACUUUCAGUUACUAGAACACUUAUGCCAGAAUACCAAAGAGGAAACGGAAACCAUGGGAAAAAACACCCAUCCAACAAAGACAAAUGGAAGAAUAAACACCUAGCCCAAUAAUCAUCCCAAAUAUAGAUGCCUAAAUACCAGUGUAGGAAUACAAUCAAUAAAAGGGACAAUACGUCACCACCAGAACUCAGCUAUCCUACAACAGCAAGAAGACCUGAACAUAGUAACACAGCUGAAACAAGAAAAUAAUUUUAAAAAUAACUUUAUGAAAAUGAUCGGUAGAGAGGAAGCAGCACAGAGAUAGCACUGAGCCAGUGCAAAGCUGAGUGUGAGCGCAGAGCUGGGGACCUCACUGUGAGAAUUCCCUAAUGUUAGAAUUCCUAGUCACUCCCCCAGCUACUUUACUUAGCAUGUGACUGCAAGAUGCUUAGUCAUCCCAGGGCCUUACGUCCUACCUAAUAUGUAUGCUGUGUGAUCAUGUAAUCUAUGCGCGUGAGUGCUGUGGGAUGAUCUGUAUGUCAAAUGUGUUGCUGAUUGGUCAAUAAAUAAAUCACUGAUUGACCCGUGGCCAGGCAGGAAGUGUAGGCGGGACAAGGAGGAGAAUAGAGCUGGGAAGUGGAAGGCUGAGUCAGAGAGACACUGCCAGCCGCCAUGAUGAGAAACAGCAUGUAAAGAUGCCGGUAAGCCACGAGCCAUGUGGCAAGGUAUAGAUUAAUAGAAAUGGAUUAAUUUAAGCUCUAAGAACAGUUAGCAGAAGCCUGCCACAGCCAUACAGUUUGUAACCAAUAUAAGUCUCUGUGUUUACUUGGUAGGGUCUGAGCAGCUGUGGGACUAGCAAGUAAGAGAGAUUUGCCCUGACUGUGGGCCAGGCAGGAAAACUCCAGCUACACGUGUGUGGUGUAAGCUCAUAUGCGCAUGUGCAGGGAGGGGGUGCUGUGGGAUGUUCUGUAUGUUAAAUGUGUUGCUCUGACUGGUUAAUAAAUAAAACAAUGAUUGGCCAGUAGCCAGGCGGGAAGUAUAGGCAGGACAAGCAGAGAAGAGAAUUCUGGGAAGUGGAAGGCUGAGGCAGAGAGACCCUGCCAGCCGAUGCCAUGAGAAGAUGUUAAGAUACCGUAAGCCACAAGCCUCGUGGCAACUUAUAGACUAAUAGAAAUGGGUUAAUUUAAGAUAUAAGAAAAGAUAGUAAGAAGCCUGCCACGGCCAUACACUUUGCAAGUAAUGUAAGUCUCUGUGUGUUUACUUGGUUGAGUCUGAGCUGCUGCGGGACUGGCAGGUGAGAGCGAUUUGUGCUGACCAAGGGCCAGGCAGGACCAGGAAAACUCUAUCGACAGCGGGGGACCUAAAAAACCAGGUUCCACUUAUUCCUCCCCUCUCUUCCUGCACGGUCAUUCCAUAGGCCUAUGCACAUCCUUUUCCCUAAUAAACUCUUAUAGUGGGUUUUGUUGUACCUUGCAGCUUUUCUCGCAUGGUAAACAGCCCUGCUUAAUGAAUAGCAUUACGCAGCUUAGUAAAUAACAUCAGUGCCAAAACGAAUCAGUCCCUCCUAGUGCUCUGCGUCCAGGACCCUGGACUGAGGUUUACUCUAUCUAAAACUGCCCAGUUUUUCAUUUGCCUAGCAGCCUGACCGCUUUACACAACACCAGCUGCUUCAACUGGUGAGUUUUCCCUUUCCAGCCAGCGUUAAACAGUCCCCUGGACCCGUUGGAACAACUGUAGAUUACCCAGCAUCCCUCUGGUAUCCCCGGGAUUGGGGGAACCCCUGUCCAUGCCCUUCAUCAGCUACAGUCGGCCUCCCAUUGCAGGCUUCAAUCUCUAGGCAUUUCCCACGACUGCGGUCUGAGGUAUCAUUCUCUUGCUUGAUGAAGCAUUGAAUGACUUGUGCCUGCCACUGUCAGACCCCCGUCCUUGGGCUACAAAUGCCCUGGCCCUCAUUCUCUGGCUUGACGAAGCAUUGACUGACUUGUGCCAAUCGCUGAUCCUCACUUGAACUCGGGGAUGCCGGAGACUGUAGUCUUGUAUCACUUUUUUUUUCUCUCUCUGCCGCUGUCAUGGUAAAUAAGACUUCCUCCUAUUAGUCGCACUCCUCCUCUGAGGAAUGCCUAAAUAUCCCUUAGAUAACAAUAAAAAAUGGCCACCCAAUGGCUCCUUGGACCCCAAUAUUUUAGAGGAAUUAUCUAAUUCCUGCCAGCGAAUCGGCAAAUGGAAAAAGUUGUCUUAUAUUCAAGCUUUUUUUUUUUUAACCUAAGCUCUAAACCCUGCCUUCUAGAUUCCUUCUUUUCAGCUCACAUGCUCCUUGCCACGGAACCUGAACCUAAGGAAUCUUUACUGCUCUGGACUCUGCAAAUGAACCUCUCUGCCUCAGGAGUCCGUUGCCCUGGCUCCUCCCCAGCUCCCUCCUCCUCUCCAAUAUUGGGCCGCUCCAAUUGCCCAGCUCUGGCGACAGCCUUUACACCACCUAUUACUCGUUCUCAAGCUAUUACGGGAUCUGACGUUGGCCAUGCAGACCCAGCAUCCAUUCUCCCUUGUGAGAGGUGACCAGUGUGGAUGGACUGGUUAAGGUUCUUACAGCCGCACCUUUCAUGAUAUAUAUGAUCUUGCUAAUAACCUACUUCCUGAGGAGUGCAGACACAUUUGGGAGCAGGCUGGUACACAUGUGGAUGAGGUUCAUCAAACCAAUGCCGCCCAUCCACAUGGAGCCGAGGCAGUUCCCAAUCAGGACUCACAUUGGGAUUACAAUAAUCGGGUGGCUCUCUCACUAGGUAUUUACAUGGUUUACAACCUGUCUCCUGUCAGAUCUUCCUAGGGCUGCCCUCAAACCAGUAAACUAUGGAAAGCUAAAAAACAUAAUUCAAGAUGAAAGAAAAUCCAUCUCAUUCUUUUAGAACAGCUUACAAAGGCUCUUUUACAAUACAAAGGCCUAGCUCCUGAGAGCCCAGAUGGCAGACAGCUCCUUAUGACCCACUUUGUCUUAUCCCCCGACAUCAGGGCUAAGCUUAAGCAUCUAUCGAGAGAGCCUCUGACCCCACAGGCAGAAGUCUUAGUAGUGGCAUUGACAGUGUACCAUGGGAGAGAUCAGAAUGCCCGUAAACAGAACUGUCAAAUGCCUCUAGGUCCCUGUUUUAAGUAUGGUAGAGAAGGCCACUGGGCUUGUGCCUGCCCUGCCCUACACGAGCCACCAUCUGGGCCUUGCCCAAAGUGUCAGCAAGAGGGACACUGGUCAGCUGACUGCCCCCAUGCAGCUCGUGGCAUGGGGACAUCAAACAAAGACCACCCUCUAGUCAAUAUCCUAGAGUUGGUGAUAGAUAACUGAAGGUGCCAUCUCUCACAGGGAACCUAGGGUAGUCAUUACAGUAUCAGGGUGAUCCAUUUCCUUCCUUUUGAACACUGGAGUGACUUACUGAGUCCAGAGGGAGUUUUGGGGUCCCACCUGUCCUCGUCUCCCUACUGUCAGGGUAGGGUGACAGCCCUUACCUACCUCACCAGACCCGACCACUUAAAUGUAUUUUCAGGGGUAUCCUUCUCACCCACACAUGUUUAGUUGUGCCAUCCUGUCCUGUGCCCCUAAUGCAGAGAUUUUCUGGCUAAUGUAGGAGCUUUUCUUUAGUUUGCUCCCCCCAUUUGCCUUACUCCACACUUGUCAGCAGCCCCUGUCCUCCUCCUCCUAGCCACCCAGCCUACUAGCUCUAACAUUUCAUUUUCCUUGCCAGCCUCUCAGGUAAACCCAAAGUCUAAGACAGCCAGAACCUUCCUAGGCACCAUAUGCCUAUUAAAAUCCUGUAGCAGGACACUACCAGGUCCAUUACACAAGCUCAGUACCCUCUCUCACUCCAGAGCCUUAGGGGACUUAAGCUUAUCAUUUCUAACCAAAGAAAAAAGCACGUUGCAGGUCUGUCUGUCUCUCUCUCUCCAACACUAACCAAUAAAAUUCUGUUACCAGAGUACUAAACAUUACAUACAAUACUAUGGCUACCAGCUCAAGACUUUAAAUUCCCCGUGGCUGCUUUUUAAUAUGUUUAAAUAUUCUUCCGAGCACCAGAACCAGCUUCAAUCCACCUGGACAGGUGAGAUCUAUUUCAGAUAAGUCAGAUCUAUUUCAGAUAAGUAUAAUUCAAACUUUCCUGAUCCCAGGAACCCCUCCCUCAUUCUGGGACCCCUUGGAGACCCCCCCAGCUAAAAUUUUUUCUAAACUCCUUCUUCUGCCUCAACAGUACCUUGUCAGACCCAUACAGUCACAGAGCCCAAAGCAGCAAAAGGCAAUGGACAAUUCCCAAAGCAGUGGAGGACAAUCCACUACCUCAGGAUAUCUUGCUACCCCAAAAGCACCAUUCCCUACAUCCAAAAGCUAACCAAUGCCCACUCAUGUCAGCUGGAAACAGUUUCUGGAGACACAGUGCCCCCAUUCCCAUUCAUCCGCCAUUUUUUAUAAGAAAACAGAGUCUAGAAUGGUAGAAAUCCUUGCCACUCCCCCAAUUACAUGACCACAUGUACAGUGGGGCAAGAUGCUUAGUCAUCCCAGUGCCUUACAUUCUACGUAAUCCGUGCACGGUGUGAUCAUGUCAUUUACACGCAGCGUGAUCACAUAAUCUAUGUGCAUGUGUGGUGUUGCUACGUAAGCCAAUGUGCACAUGUGCGGGAGGGAGGGAACCUGUAACAGCAGGUAUUACUUAUUCCUCUCCUCACUUCCUGCACGGUCAUUCCAUAGUCCUAUGCACAUCUUUCCUAUUCCCUUUCCUUAAUAAACUCUUUUCAUGGUGUCCCAAAUUUCCUGGAUGUUUUGUAUUAUGACUAUUUUGGUUUUAGCGUUUUGACUGAUGACUCUAUUUUUUCUAUUGUGUCUUCAGCGUCAGAGAUUCUCUGUUCCAUCUCUUACAGUCUGUUGGUUAUGCUUGCAUCUGUAGCUCCUGUUCGUUUAGUCAGAUUUUCUAUUUACACCAUUGCCUCAGUUUGUGUCUUCUUUAUUGUCUCAAUUUCAAUUUUUUGUUGUUGUUCUUUCUUGAGACAGGGUUUCUCUGUGUAGCUUUGGAGCCUGUCCUGGAACUCACUCUGUAGCCAAGGCUGGCCUCGAACUCACAGAGAUCCACCUGCCUCUGCCUCCCGAGUGCUGGAAUUAAAGGCAUGCGCCACCACUGCCUGGCUCAAUUUAAAUUUUUAAAUCUUGAAUUCUUUCCUUUAUCUGUUUAAUUGCUUUUUCUUGGCUUUCUUUGAUUUCUUUUUUCCCCCAGAGCUAAGGACCGAACCCAGAGCCUUGCACUUGCUAGGCAAGCGCUCUACCACUAAGCUAAAUCCCCAACCCUUUUCUUCAAUUUCUUUAAGGCAAUGUUUUAUUUCCUCUUUAAGGGAGUUUUUCAUUUCCUCUUAAGGGAAUUUUUCAUUUCCUCUUUAAGGGCCUCUAUCAGCCUCUUAAAGUCAUUUUUAGGAUUCACUUCUUCUGCUUCUUCUGUAUUGGUAUGUUCAGGUCUUGCAGGUGUAGAACCACUAGGUUCUGAUGUUGUCAUAUAGGUCUUUAUGUUGUUGCCUGUAUUUUUGCACUGGCAUCUACGAAUCUCUUCCUCUGCUCCAUGUAGGCGGUGACUAUGUCUGAGGAUGCUUCUUGUUCCAAUUGAUAGUCUUGGUCCACCGUGAGUUCUUGGUCUAAAUCGGAGCUGAUGGGUAGAUUCUCUCACAGCAGCUUAGUCCAAUUGGUCAGUGGAUUCUGUCUCAGUGAGCAGCUGUUCCCAAUCAGUACAGGGCGGGCUUAUGGCUCCAGUGGUGGUUGUCCCAUGGGAUGGAUUUCUUGACAAGGGGGCAGGGAAAGAGGUUGCUGUCUAGUCCCUGGGGUUCCAAUGGCUAUUCCUACUCAGUGAAGGGUGGGCUUAUGACUCCGGUGGUCGUUGGGGUCACAGGGACUGGUUUUCUUGGCGAGAGAGCAGGGAAAGGUAGCCACCUGGUUCCUGAGGGCUCCAAUGGCUGGGGGGAGGGGCACAUAAUGUGCCCCCGGGGGCCUAGAGUCUAGAGAACUGGUCUGCCAGUCCAGAGAUGGGGCCUUAUCUGUUCCCAGUUGGUGUAGAGUGGGCUUAUUGUGGGGAUCUGCCCCAUCAGGACCCUAGGUCACCUGUGAAGAGGUGGCCUGGAACCGAGGAAAGGUAAGUGCACACAGCUCACCUGUUCCCCAUCCUCCCUCUUACCCGGAGACAAUCAGACACAGCGGAGAGUCAAGUCAAGCAAGAACUUGUUUCUUGAUAGGCAGUAAGCCUCUUUUAUACCAGAAAACCUCCAAACCCUAGAAGGGGGUGAAGGAACCAAUCAAUCAUUUUAAAGGUCACCCUAUUUACAAGUUGUUUAUGUCCUGACACCAUCUCCUGUUUUUAGUAUCUUAUCUUAGUAUAAAUAACUUGAGCUAACUUUCUUUCUCACCAUUUGUCUCUAAUCUCCAUACAAACAACCCAAACUAACUUCCUCUUAGCCAUCCUUUGUAUCUAUUCUCUGCACAAACAGCUUAAACUAACUUCCUCUGGUACCAUUUGUAUCCACUCUCUGUGUAAACACCUUAAAGCUUAAGCUCCAUUAAUCUGAAUUUCUCUCAGCACCCUCUUUGCAGCCCAUGUAUGCCCCCACAGCUUAUGACUCUGCUGACCUGGUUCGGUGGCUGGACGGCUCCUUCUCUUGCAUUCUCGGGGUGCUCUGCUCGCUUGCCAACUCCUCAGCUGAUGUUGUUUCCUCAGACUGCAGACUUCUGAGACCUCUCUCGAAUGGAUCUCAGCUGAACAGUCAGUAGGGCAAUCUCACCAACACCUCCAAGUUGUUGGGCUUCACACUAUCGGCAGCUGGACACUGGGCAGGCCUUGGGCAGAAUCUGGCCUGGCAUUUUUCCAAGUUGUGAAGUUUAAUAAACUCUUAUAGUGGGUUUUGUUGUACCCAGUGGCUUUUCUCACAAGGUAAACAGUGCCGCUUAAUGAACAUUAAACCGCUUAAUAAAUAACACUGGCUAUACCCUUCCAGUUUGCACUUCGUCAUUCACCACUGAGGCUGGAACUGCAGCCUCCAACCUGCCUCCGUGCCCAGAUCCUGAAAACCCUUCCCUUCUCUUUUUUGGAUACAUGUCCGACCUUUCCCUGACAUGUUGAAACAUGCCACAGUCAAUCAAAUUUAAACUAAUUUAACCAUUGCUUGCUUAGGCAACCGUGUUCGCUGGAGAUGACCAAACCAUAUCUAGAAUUCCCUUGCUGGGAUUAACAGAAGUCUACGAGCUUCUCUCAGGUUUGUUGCCUUUUUGCUCUAUGCCUGACCCCCAUUUGCAGGAAUUUUCUCUUGAGAAAUCAACACUGUUGAUUUUGCAUACGUAAGUGGUCUUUUGUGGGGUGAUUCAAGGACCCUAACACCUGGUAUGAUAUUGCCAACAUAGGGCAUUGGCUUUUCACGAUAUGUAUAGUGGAUAGCUAUUCCAGCUCUGACCUUGAAGCACUGCCCCCUAGCGAGGCAGACGGUAACUGCCAUGCAAGCCUAUGACCUGCUCAUAGGGCAUGGCCGAGACGGGAGCCCAUAAGACCUGAGAUGCAUACAUGCUGGCUCUCCUGACUCCUCGUGAUACUGGAUGCUGGAUUGCAGACCGAGUCAGAGUUCUCCAGAGAACCACGUUGGACUGUACCUCACCUCUCCUGUAUCCUGUAACUGACUCCUUUACUAGUUACAAGUCACCCCUUUAAAUAAACCUCUUUUAACUACCACGUAAACUAAGUGGAGCUGCUGUGUUCCCAGCUUUAGAAAAGGGCACUUCCAGUUGCAAUAUGCACAGCCACCCACCGGCUCUCCUACAUGGGUCAGCCGUUCCAUCCUGGCCCUUCAUUCAGGUGGCUCAGUGACCCCUCCCCAUGCCAACUCCUAUCCAAAUGGGAUUCUCCUGCCUGUUUUCCUCUCCCAACCAUUUCUCAGGCCAUUUCUUCACCCUACCUGAAUAGCCCACACAAUACCUGGGCAGGGCAGAGCAAGUCAGACAGCCGCCUCCCAGGCGAUUCCGGCAUGGACAGCACAAGCAAUGAACCAAGCAGAACUAGACCAGCUGCCUAGCCAUUUCCUCAGAAUCACUGCUGCCACUCCUACUUAGGGCACAGGCUAUUACUGCUAAGGCCAUGGCCUCAAGCACCAGAAGGGCACCCCCAGCCUUACACCGCCGUGCUGAGCAGCCACAGCUAGCAGCUACCAGUGACGAGCCAGGCAGUACUGUCUCAUGCUGCUAUUAGUCACAUUGAUUUUUUCAUGCUGGUUUCUCUGUUAGCUCUUCAGACUGCCCCCCCCCAUGCACAGGACAGUAGCCACAGUGGACCCUACUGUGUCAGCAAUGAACAUCACUGCAGCUAAUCACCCCUGAAAAUCUAUGCCUACACUUGUGGUGUAUAUGGGCCGCAAAGAUGGUGCCGAGAGGAAGUUGUUUACACUGAGAUUAGACUGGAUACAAAAAUCAAAGGAAUGAGUAUGAUGUCAGUACAUAAACAGCACGUAGACAAAAGAAGGAGUAGAGGGUGACCUUUAAAACAAUUGGUUCAUUCCGUCCAACACCACCCCACGGUUCUGUGGUUUUCUAUCUUAAAAGAGGCUUAUUGCCUAUCAAUAAACAAGUCCCUGCUUGGCAUGACUCCCCACUGCAUCUGACUGUCUCCAGGAAAGAGGAAGGCUGGGAAUUGGGUGAGUGGUGCACUUAUCUUUCCUCUAUUCUGGACCACUUCCUCAGAGGUGAUCUAAGUUCCCGAUGUGGUGAGACCCCACAGCUGGCAGUCAAUUUGGGGCUUGAAAGUACGUUCAGCCAAGGUCAAGCAGUCUUCCAUGGUGGGUGAAACCCUCUGUAUGGGUAAUGCAAUAUUUCCAAAACAUCCCCAAGAGCCAGGGGAGGCCAAAGAAGGUAAAGAGGACCAGGAGAGUAAAGAGACCAAGUGUAAAGUCAUCACACGACCCCCCGCCUUACAUCCCUAAAAUAGGGAAAUGCUCCUCACCAUAUACUACCCUUAGAAGGGACCUACAUAACUAGGGUACCUAUGACUGACCACUAGUCAGGGAUCAGAGAGUCAACAAACCGACUUACGCAGAGGCCUGUAUUAACCAGACAGGGCCCCAAGGGAGGCAAAAGACAGGGCCCUGAGAACAGACAACCCAGGCAUUUCCCAUUAAUCUGGCCUCCAGCCCUGAUAGGCCACAAGAAUUGUACCCAUGGAUGGUCAAAAACCUUAAGGAACUCCACAAGGCAGUGGCAGAGGAUGGUCCAAAUGCCCCUUGGUCCCAGACCCUACUGCAGGAUAUUACAUAUAAUCCCUGUGUCCCCAAGGAUUGCUGGACCUGGCUAAGGCUGACCGUUCAAGCACUCAAUGUAUCGAAUGGUGUGCCCACUAUAAGGAGGAAUGUAGAGUCCGAACAGAGGCCAAUCAAGCUGCUCAGCCUGCAAUCCUAAUUACUUAUGGCAUGUUGGCGAGAACUGCUGAUGAGUACUCUACUGAGGUCCACCACACCGAGACCAGGUGUGACAUGCAGGGCUAGCAGCCUGGGGUAAGCUAGAUGAGAGAUCUACAGAAUCCCCCAUAGCUAGAGUCAGGCAGAAGCCCAAUGAGACCCUACCAGAAUUUAUAGACUCGGUUAACAGAGCACUAAUCGUAACUACCGACUGGACCACUCUGGGACCAAUUUAUAGAUUCUGGUCUGGGAUGGAAUGAAUACAGAACACUGUGCUGCCUAUGCAGGGCUGAAAGAGGUUCCCAUGGGCCGAUGGGUGGUCACCACCCAGGAUCUGGGCACCCAACAUCACCAGACCCAGAUGCUAGUCUUAACGUUGUAAUCCCAGACAGCUGCCCUAACUCAGGCUUUCUCACAGGCCCUGGCAACCCAGAGUCUGGGGACUGCAAAGUCUGCUACCCGGGGGCCUGCUGUAGAUGUGGACAGGAGGGACAUUUUAAGCAAUAGUGUCCUCUGCAACAGCCUCCUACAGGUCAACAAAAGGCUUUAGGUUAGGCCAAGGACAAUAAAGCCCCCUAGCAACCCUUGUCCUAGGUGCAGGAAGGAAUAUCAUUGGAAAAAAAACUGCAGGUCAAAAUUUAAUAUAGAUGGGAAACCUUUAAACUAGGUAAGGGGCACCCUCCAGCCCUGUUAGCCAAAGGAGGAACUCUGGGGGGGAGGGCAGGCAUGGCCCCCCAGAAUGGCCCACGCCAACUGACAGUUCCUUUGGUCCGGGGACACUGCCCCAAGAUGAGUAUUGUCAUAGGUGGGAGAAGGUUCCACUUCCUGGUGUGAUAUAGGGCCAGAAAGGACCAUGCCCCACUGGGAGGAGGUACCCCCUGACUGGGACAUCACUCUGGGACCUUGAGUAUUGGGAGUAGCGGUUAAUGCUCAAUCUCUUAAAACAGUCACUCUCCUCAAAUGGACCAGCUCAGAUGGGGAACAGGACAAUACAUGGGCCCUGGUGUCUGGGAAUCUUACUGACAACUUAUUGGAGUAGGAUAUGUUGUCCCAAAUGGAUGCAGUACUCACCACCAACCACCAAACUUUCUAUGAUAUUAUGGAGGAAGAAGAGGCCCAAGGAAGGGGAUGGGGAGCAGAGGAGAUAAAAGGAGAGGACUUCUUCACCCACUAUAGAAAUGACCCCAAAAUUCCAACUGGGUUUACCACAAUUCCUAGAGGCCACUGCCCCCCAGAUACCCCCUAUCAGGUCGAGGCUGGGUGACCAAGUAUGGGUGGAGCAGUAGCCACUUGCUAAACCUAAAUUAGAGGCUCUGGUUAAAGAACAAUUGGACCUUAGAUGUGUGCGCCCUUCCAUGAGUUCCUGGAAUAACCUGUCUUGGUUAUUAAAAAAGUGUCAGGAGCAUGGCACAUGUUACAGGAUCUACGGAAAGUAAAUGAGAGGAUGGAGCUGGUAGGCCCCCUUGAGGGGUCUGCCCUGGGUGCCAGCAAUACCCUCAGAAUAUACCCUGGUUGCAAUUGAUGUUUCUGUUUCUUGUCUAUCUCCCUCCAUCCAGAUGAUUGUACCAAGUUUGCCUUCUCUAUCCCCUCCCUCAAUUUCUCCCAACCUGAUCAGACAUUUAAAUGGACUGUAUUACCCCAGGAAAUGGCUAAUAGCCCGACCUCCUGCCAACAAUACCUGGCCACCCUGUUAGUACCCCUACUUAGAGAUGCAUAAGAUAGAUGCGUACCUGUUUAUAUGAAUAAUAUUAUUUUGGGACAUAAGGACCCCUCUUGUCUGCAGGACUUGUUGGGGCAGGUACUGCACAGCUUCAGAGAGGAGGGUGCCCCCCUUUAAGAUUCUUGGCACCAAACUUACCCUGACCUGAACCUGCCCACUUAAGCCUAAGCUACACAUUCCUGUGUCUUUGACCCUGACUCAGUUGCAGAGUAUCCUGGGAGAGAUCCAUUCGAUACUACCUUGGGUUCCCGUCUCCAAGAAUACUCUUGUACCCUUAUUCUCCCUUUAAAAAAAUAAAAAACCGGGCUGGAAAGAUGGCUCAGUGGUUAAGAACACUCACUGGCUGUUCUUCCAGAGGUCCUGAGUUCAAUUCCCAGCAACCACAUGGUGGCUCACAACCAUCUAUAAUAAGAUUUGAUGCCUUCUUCCAGCACACAGGCAUACAUGCAGAGCAUUCAUACAUAAAAUAUAAAUAAAUAAAAUUAUAAAAAAAAAAUAAAAAAAUAAAAAAAAAAUAAAAAACCUCAGGAUGUUAUUGCUCUUACCUGAGAACAUUGGGCCAUCCUUUUACAAUUUCAAGAUGCUCUUAAUAGAUUUCUGCUGACUUUCCCAGUUCCCUCUGGCUGUUCACAAGCGCUACAUUAACCUCUGCAGUGCUAGUGCAAAAAGGAGAGCCAAUAGAAUGGGUCAAUAGCCCCCUUGGAGGCGCCCCAAACGUACACUCCAGUUUUUCCUAAAGGUACCCCCUUUACAAACACAGGGAGCUAACCCCAGAGGCCUAGAGCCAAAUAUCCUCUGACAAACCGAUGUUACUCAUUUCACACCCUUUAACAAUAAAACAAAAGGGAGAAUUAGCCUCCAUAUUCAGUUACUCUACACCCUUCAGCCAUCACACUCCAGCCUCGGGGCUACAAGGACACCCAUGUCGGGCACCAAUUAGGGCUUUCUGCUCCCCUUUGUGCCCCUUGUGGGGCAGGAGCUCCUGGAGUGACAGUCCCUAUAGAAGUGAUGACAGAAUACAAGUUUGUGGUGGUGGGUGCUGGAGGCAUGGCAAAGAGUGCCCUGACCAUGCAGGUGAUCCAGAAACAUUUUGUGGACGAGUAUGACCCCAUCAUAGAGGACUCCUAUCGGAAACAGGUCAUCAUUGAUGGGGAGACAUGUCUGCUGGACAUCUUAGACACAGCAGGUCAAGAGGAGUAUAGUGCCAUGUGGGGCCAGUACAUGCACACAGGGGAGGGUUUCCUCUGUGUGUUUGCCAACAACACCACCAAGUCCUUUGAAGACAUCCAUCAGUACAGGGAGCAGAGUAAGCUGGUGAAGGACUCAGACGAUGUGCCAAUAGUGCUGGUGGGAAACAAGUGUGAUGUGGCCACUUGUACUGUUGAGUCUUGGCAGGCCCAGGACCUUGUACGCAGCUAUGACAUCCCCUACAUUGAAACAUCAUCCAAGACCCGACAGGGUGUAGAGGAUGCCUUUUACGCGCUAGUACGUGAGAUUUGGCAACACAAAGUACAAAAGCUAAACCGUCCCGAUGAGAAUGGCCCUGGUUCCACAAGCCACAAGUGUGUGCUAUCGUGAUGCCAGAUGGAGAUACAUGUGGGGCAUACAGGAUGACAUGAGCUACAAAGAUGGUGCCGAGAGGAAGUUAGCCCAAGUUGUUUACGCUGAGAUUAGAUACAAAUGGUACUGAGAGAAGUGAGCCCAAGUUGUUUGCACUGAGAUUAGAUGCAAAACUCAGAUUAUGUCAGUGCAUAAACAGCUCCUGGAAAAAGGAAUGAGUAUACGGUGACCUUUAGAACAAUUGGUUUGGUCCUUCCAUCCCCCCCAGGGUUCUGUGGUUUUCUGCUUUAUAAGAUGUUUACUGCUUAAUAAUAAAGGAGUUCCUGCUUGACAUGACUCCCUGCUGUGUCUGAUGAGCUCCGGGUAAGAGGGAGGCUGGGAAACCAAUAAACGGCACACUUAACUUCCCUUGGCUCCAGACCACCUCCUCAGAGGUGACCUCAAUUCCCAGUGGGGUGAGAUCCCACAUACAUCAUCAGAGCUCGUAAGACACUUGACAAAUUUUAAACAGUGAACUAGGUUUUUUAAAAAAGGAGGAAAAACUUUCGCAUGUCAAGAAUCGAAGUGCACAGAGUUAGGACUAUGUUUAUUGCCACUAUGAACGGCUUGCAAAUGAAGAAACUAAAUGAAGGUGUUGGCAUUCUGGCCCAUCCCUUGGGGAUCCACCCUGUGUCCUGAUGUAAGGCUCCUUUAGGGAAACACCCCUCCCUUCUUCUUCCCUUUCCCACCAUGAGGUGUGCACAACUCCACUUUCCCUCUUUCUCUUCGUUUUCUUUCUCUCUCCUUCUUUUCCUAUUUCUCUCUCGCGCUCUCCAUAAUAAACUCAUGUGGAUACAAGGUAUGUAAUGGGUAGUGGUUCCAGCUUUGACCUUGAAGCACCACCUCAGUGAGGCAGUUGGUAACUGUCACGCAUACCUAUGACCUGCCCCUGGGGUGUGGCCGAGAUGGGAGCCCUCAAGACCAGAGAUCUGUCUGGCCCUCUUCAUUUCUCAUGAACCUGGAUGCUGGAUGGCAGAUCAAGUCAGAGUUUACUAGAGAACCCAGCUGGACUGCACCUCACCUCUCUCAGAUUCUGUAAACAACCCCCUUACUGGCUGCAAGUUAGGAGUUGCCUUGAUAAAUGCCCACAUUAUCUGGCACUCACGUGGGGCAUCCUCCAAAUGGCUGGGCAGCCUCUGCCAUCAGAUUCCUCUAUGGCUUCUGUGGCACAGUUUCCACAACUCCCACUCUUCCCUGUCUCUCUUCUUCCCUGUCUCUUUUAAAAUUGACAUCCCUCCUGGGGACCAAGUGUUUACCCAUUCGGUCCAUAACUUACCAGUACUGUUCCUUCCCUUCAUUCCGCCUCCCUGGCUAUUGGGCACGUGCACCCACCUGCCGAGUUCUGGAUAGCUGACCACUCUCAGGGUGGGCACCAAGGAGCCCCUUCAUAGCCAGUCUGGUUCUAUUCCCCACCCAAAGGUGUAGUGGGUAGCCACUCCAGCUUUGAUCUGGAAGUUCCAACCCCCACUGAGGCUUCGGUAACUAUCAUGCCUACAGGGUGGGGCCAAGGGAGGACCCGGAAGAACCGAGAUCCGGAUGCGUCGCACUCUCUUGGUUCUUAGACCCUGGACGCUGGAAGUAGAACGAGCAGAGUUCUCCAGAGAACAUUGCUGGACUGCGCUACCUUUCCCAGACCCUGUAAUCUAUCCCUUCACUUGUAAGCUACCCCACAAAAUAAACCUCCAUUUUAACUACGUGGAGUGGCCUUAAUAAUUUCACCAAUAUCUGGCGCCCAACGUGAGGCAAAUUCCAUAGGCCUGGGUGUCUCCCACCCUCAGCUUCCUCCCCAGCUGGCAGGCGCUUAAAACUGCAGGGUACCACCUACAGAGCUCCAGGAAACCUGCACAGUUUCAUUCCUGAAAAAGAGCUAAUCCAGUCUCAGUUCCGAGGCAAGUUUAGUCCCCAGACCAGCGAAACCGCUGUGAGGUGUUCCCCCUCCUCCCUGAGUGCCGGCUCCCCGCCCCAGCUUGAGGCUUCCACAGUUUCACCUAGUGAAAAUAGACAUGGCACUGUCCCCUUUGGUGGCCCCUACAGAGGCACAGAGAGGGCUUGGAGCUGGGCCUGCUGGCAGAUCUCCUGUCUGCAGAGGCAGAGAGGGCCUUAAAGCAGCCUGGAACUCUCCACGCUCUGAAGUUCCAGGGAGUCACCUGAAGAACUGCCUACUGCCUGUGCUCACUCUGCCGCCAGCCAAGACAUUCAACAGGCCCUGCUUUGGAGCUAUACCAACGCCUCCUGCUGGCUGAAAAGUGUUAUUACACCACGAAAACAUAAGGAAACCAGCGUCUUAUUUCAAGUAAAAGUACUUGAUAAUUUUACACCUUAAAACUGACUAACAAAACUAAGCUAACAAAUUUGUAAUGUGGCCGACAACAUUACUCACAAGAAUUUAAAAAACCUUUUUGCUUAUAUGAUGAAUGACAUUUUCCUGGAAAUCUAUGACCUUUCUAAGGCAUAUCUGGCCUGUACCAUUUUGGCGUUCAUCGUAGUAAUUCACACAGUGUUCAAACACUGGUUUAAUAAUAAAAACAAAGAUGAGUCAUUAUUGGGACUAAUACAGACUGUAAAAGAUAGCAAUGAAGUCUUACAGAAAAAGAUUCUCUCUGGAAUCUGCUAACCUGGAUUUACAAGCUUUAAAAGAUAACAAUGAAGGCUUACCAAAAAAAAAAGAAGAUUCUCUCUCUAAAAUCUGCUAACCAGGAUUUACAGUGGCUGAGUCUGGUUCCAGGAUCUGCAGGAAGCUUAGCCCCCAGACUGGCGAGAGCCACUAUGAGUGAGCCACCCACCACCACGCAGGCUCCCACCUGAGCCCACAGCUUCCACCUUCUCACCCUCUCGCUCAGAGGCUGCCUAGUUAAAAUGGAAGCCGAUGCCAACCGUCAUAGUCACUGCCUAGAACUCUCCCCACCCCGAGUUCAGGCCACUCAAUUCCACACGUCAGCCUCUUGGCUGAUGGAAGAGCGCUGAGGGGCGAAGGAGACCCCGAAAGCAAAGCCGGGCCCUAAAGCUCCAGGGAGAGGCAGAAAGGUACGCCGCCAUGCUGCUGCCACCAAUCCUCCAACGUGCACACGGGACACUCUACUCUCACCUGCAGCCACCGCAACCAGUCGUCACUGGGACCUGCUUUAGCACGACACUGGCGACUCAUGUUGGCUGAAAAGCGCUGCUACACCCAAAAAACCAUCCCAAGGACAGUAAGAAAAGCAAGCCAGUCUCUCACUUCAGGUAAGAGUAGUUAAUUAUUUUACAAUUUGAAACUGUUUAACAAAUUUUGAAUACUCUUAUAUAAUAUUGUCGAAAAUAUUACUUCACAAAAAAUUAAGAACUUUCUUGCUAAUAUAGAAUAUCACCACAUAUAGAUCAUAAUGCUUUAUAAUAAAUAGCCUACAAUCAUGGACAUUAAUCUAAACAUUGUAGUGGGUAGCUAGCUGUUCCAGCUUUGUCCUGGAAGUACUAACCUCCAGUGAGGCCUCUGGUAACUGUCACGCCUACCCAUGACCUGCCCCUAAUGCAGGACCAAGACAGGAGCCCUUGAGAACCAAGGUCCGGAUGUGCCGGUCUCUUGUUCCUGGUGAUCCUGGAUGGUAGACCAAGCAGUUUUCCAUAGGACUGCACUUCACCUCUCCUGGAUCCUGUAACCUAUCCCUUUACUUGUAAGUUACCCCAAAUAAACCUCCCUUUUAACUACGUGGAGUUGCCUUAAUCUCCCACCAACUGGCACUCACGUGUGGCAAACUCCAAAUGCCUGGGAGGCCUCCACCCUCAGCCUCCUGUGUGGCUGCUGUGCCACGCUUUCCACACUUCCCGUCUCUUCUUCCCUGUCUCUAAAAA